UGUGUGUGCGUGCGUGUGCGUGUGCUUUGGGAUUUCCCGCGUCGAAUUACGUAUUUUUUGGCAAUCGGCCGAGCCGUUCGAUUCGAUUCCGAGUGCGAGCGAGUGCCGGAAGUGAGAGGCCCACUCGUCCAACUAUAGAUGUCGGCAUGUCUGGCACAAUGAAGUCACAGCAGCUGCCUCUGAGCAUACCCGGCCAGUGCGAGGAGCUCUUCGGCCAGGCGAAGGGCAACCUGGGCAAAGUCUACGGCGAAAGUGUUUGCUACGAUGCGUUCAUGUCGCCGCCGCUGAGUGCGACGACCGGACACGGGGAUCUGGCAGUGCAGAGUAAUAACGGUAAAGCCAAUGGCGGCUACUUCACCUGUGAUGAGAUGCAAUUUCCGGACUUCUCGCACCUGUGCUUCGCCAGCGAGACGCCCACCUCGGCCUUCAGUGACUACAACAGCUACGCGGCCGCCGAGCAGGAUCGGGACGACAUCGUCUGCGCCGUGUCCGAGCCGUCGGGCAUGCCCUAUCAGCAGGGCCAAUACACGCAGCUCAAUCGGGAGGACGUCUUUCGCUUCGAGCCGGAGGAUAUAGCCCGACUGACCGCCGACAGCCGGCCAGGCGGCGGCUAUGCUGAGGUGAAUGGCCUGAUGCAGGUGCCACAGGUGCCACAGGUGCCGCACACGCCCUACACGCCUUGCAGCGCGCCCAGCCAGCCCCCGACGGCCCAUCAGGACAUUGACUACUUCAACUAUGACGAGGUGAACUGCCAGUCGAAGAAUCAGUCGCCCUGCUCCUCGCCCCACCUGGAUGCCUGGCUCAACUUCAAUCUCGGCGAGCUAACAACAACAACAACGACGACAGCAACAACAACUCGGGAGGCAUCGCCCAAGCUGUGCAACAUUUACGACCAGCAAAUGACGACGAUCAAGCAGGAGGAGCAAACCCAGAAGCUGCCCUCGAUGAACUCGACCUUCGGCACGCCCCAAUGCGCGCCCAUCUGCAAUAACUAUGGAGACUACUCCAAUCUGCUGCAGGACGAAGUGAUCUAUGACUAUGCCAAAGAGUUUCCCACCGAAAACCUAGAGCAUCACAUUGAGAAACCAAAUCGUGAGCAUAAAGUCAUCUGGACGAUCGAGGAGCUGGACGAGCUGGUGCUCAAUGAACAGCAACAACAACAACAACAACAACAACAACAACAACAACAACAACAACAACAACAACAACAACAACAGCAACCACAAUUAAUCAAGUCUGAGCAACAGCAUCCGCCCAGCGACUAUGAAGAUGAGGAUGCAGAUGAUCCUGCAGAUGCUGAGGUGGACAAAGAUGAGGAUGAGGAUCUGGACGAUGUGUUUGCCAUGCCGCCCAAGAAAUGCGAUCCAUUGGACGCCGAUCGCGAUGAGGCUGUGCCGUUGAUCUGUCGCUGGACCGACUGCAACAUGGAGUUCAUGCAGCAGCACCUCUUCGUGGAGCACAUCGAGAAGUGUCACGUGGAUGUGCGCAAGGGCGAGGACUUCUCCUGCUUCUGGCUGGAUUGCUCCAGGCGCUACAAGCCCUUCAAUGCGCGCUACAAGCUGCUCAUCCACAUGCGGGUGCACAGCGGCGAGAAGCCCAACAAAUGUCCGUUUCCGGGCUGCAAUAAAGCCUUUUCACGUCUCGAAAAUUUGAAAAUUCAUCAACGCUCGCACACAGGUGAGCGGCCUUAUGGCUGUCAAUAUAAAGGUUGCCUUAAAGCGUUCAGCAACAGCUCGGAUCGUGCGAAACAUCAAAGAACACACUACGAUACGAAACCGUAUGCGUGUCAGCUGCCGGGAUGCACGAAGCGGUACACGGACCCCUCGAGCCUGCGCAAGCACGUCAAGAACCACGGCCUGAUGCGGCGCAAGUCGGCGAGCGGAGCUGCCGGCGGCUGCAGCGGCCGCAAGGCUACUAAGGCGCGACGCAGCUCGGAGUCGGCUGUGGCCGCGAGGGCGGCAGGCGAGCAGCGGACGCAGCGCAGCAGCAGCUGCAGCGAGGCGACGCAGCUGAUGCAGUGCGAGGCACCGGAGAAUCGACAGAGCUUUGCCGAGCAGCCCAAUGAUAACAGCAAUGCCGUCAAAUUCAAUGAGCUCUCCAACUGCAUCGUCAUCGUGGAGCAGCAGCAGAGCGAAGCCACACCUGACAGGUACUCGGCUGUCAGCUACGACAACUUCAGCUGCUACAUGACCAAAGCUGCGACUGAGACGGACGCCGUGAACAUCUAUGGAGCUCCAGAGCCGAAUAACCAAAGCUACAAUGAAAACCUGCAAAAGUUCAAUGAACUCGAGCAGUUGUUACCUGGCGAGCUGCAAGGCGCAGGUGUUGCAUUCGAUGCGGGCGACAGCAAAUGCCAGCUGAACGAAUUCGUAUCCUUCGAGUACGUGCGAAAGUAUCUGACGGAUGCCUUCGACCCACCCACUGCCAAGAGACCAAAGAGUCCGCUAGACAAUAAUCAGAUUGAAAACGAUUUCCAAAGCUACGAUCUUCAGUUUAUAUAAGAGUAAGAGAGAGAAAGAGAGAGAGAGGGAGUUUGAUGAACUCUAAGUGAGAUUGCCAAAUAUUUAUAUUCUAAAGAUCUCAGAAUUAAUGUAUAUAGUCAAUUGUUUUUAUAGGCCCAAGUCACGAAAGACAGUGGUUAGAUGUAAGGUUAGUUCCAUAAGUCCAAACAUUCAUUUAAUACACCUAAGUGAUUCGAAAAUGUCUUCCCAACUUUAAAUUUAGCUGUAAGUCUGGCAA